CUGUGCGGGUGUCAGGCUGGAGAUUCUGCAGCUCAACUUCUCUAACAGAGCGAGUAAACAUGAUGGGGAAGGACGGCGGAUAUUGUGGUUUGGUUUGAAGGAGGUACUGCUGCUCUCCGGACCCCCCUGUGUUUAUUUACUUUGGAUGGUGGAUGACUGACUGAGUGAGUGAGUGAGUGGUGCUGUUACACCAGGAUCUCCUGCAGGCCAGGAUGUGGGCGCGUGUCGAACCCUGCUGUGUGAGCGCUGGGUCGGAGCGCUGCGGGUGACGGCGAGUUUCGAACGAGCUUUUAUUUAAUGACAAAAGAUCGGACACGUUAGACUGGGCAGCAUGUCGGCGGUAAAGGAAAACACGUGCAAUAAGUUCCAGGCGAACAUCUUCAACAAGAGCAAGUGUCAGAACUGCUUCAAACCUCGGGAGUCCCACCUUCUCGGCGACGAUGAUUUUACACAGGCUAAGCCAAUAUAUGGAGGAUGGCUUCUUCUGGCACCUGAAGGAACUGAUUUCAGCAGCCCGUUACAGCGCUCCCGGAAAUGGCAAAGACGAUUCUUCCUCCUUUAUGAACACGGACUCCUGCGCUACGCUCUCGACGAGAUGGCCAGCACACUUCCUCAGGGCACAAUAAACCUGAACGUGUGUGUGGACGUGGUGGACGGCGAGAAUGUGACGGGACAGAAACACUCGCUGUGUAUCUGCACUCCGGAUAAAGAGCACUACAUCCGCGCCGAGAGUAGAGACAUUAUCAAUGGGUGGCUGGAAGCUCUCAUCGUGUUUCCUCAAACCAACAAGCAAAACCAAAAGAAGAAACGGAAGGUGGAACCUCCCACUCCACAGGAACCUGGUCCUGCUAAGGUUGCCGUAACCAGCAGCGGUGCACUGUGUGUCAGUAACAGCGGGGUUCAGUCAGAGGGGGCGGAGCCAGUAACAGGUUCGGAGCGCGUGAAUGGAGGACGGAAGCCGAGGGUGGAGAGCGGCUACUUCUCACUGGAGAAACCCAAACCUGAAGCACAGCAACCCGAACACAACAAACCAGUCACAUCCUCCUCUUCCUCCCGUCUGAGGUACAGCACCUCGGAUCCAGCGCUCUUCGUCUCCUCAUCCUCACACAACACACACACGCACGAUACACACACCGCACACACGGACCUCACGGACUCACCCACACACACCUCGGAGGGACGCACGGGUUCAUCCACAAGCAUGCACACGUCACAUUCCCCUCUCACAAACACGCAGGCGUCGCCGCUCUCGUCCUCUCAGAGCUCUCUGGACUCCGAGACGAGCCCCGAGAGGCGUGGCCGUGCCGACACGGUGGGCGGGGACGCACGGUCACAGGCUAGAGGAAUUAAGACCAGGCUGCUGCGGGACGGGCGGAGCUACGCGGCGCUGUCAGACGUCCCUCGAGCCAGACGACUGAAUCACCGCGCGGCUUUUCGCUCCGACGAAAAACGGCAAGAAAUUAGAGCGAGAACACGAAGCCCUGGACGAGAGGAGGUGGAGAGACUGUUCGGCCAUCAGAGGAGGCGUACUCAGGUGAUUGAGCGGUUUGAAACACAGCAGUCGACAGACUUUUUGGAGCACAUGGACACGACAGAAUCGUCCUCGUCCUCAAGUAAACACACAAGUCAGAGAACCGGACGCAGUGACAGACGCUUUCCUUCACAAAAACAGGAUCUCUCUCUGGACUCUAGUAUGGCUGGCUCGGUCACAGAUUUCUCUGGAAAAAUGGACAUUUAUAGAAGAGCAAAAAGUCUGGACCGACGUGUCACUGAAUCCUCAAUGACUCCCGACCUGCUGAACUUUAAGAAGGGAUGGAUGACCAAACUGUAUGAAGACGGCCUGUGGAAGAAGCACUGGUUUGUGUUGACUGAUCAAAGUCUGAGAUAUUACAGGGACUCCAUCGCUGAGGAGGCUGCAGAUCUGGAUGGAGAGAUUGAUUUGUCGACGUGUUAUGAUGUCACAGAGUUUCCUGUUCAGAGGAACUACGGCUUCCAAAUUCAUAGUAAAGAGGGCGUGUUUACUCUCUCUGCGAUGACUUCUGGGAUUCGGAGGAACUGGAUUCAGGCUAUAAUGAAGUGUGUGAGGCCCACCAUCACACCUGACGUCACUCGGAAAAACAUCCCUCUCAAACUUUCUGUUCUCAAACCCAGUUCUGUCUCAGAUGAAAAUGCUAAAUCGACUCCCUCACCCCCCGACGCCUCUCGCUCUUCACACUCAUGGAAGUCAUGUGAUGUCAUAGCAGAUUCGUCCCAGCCUCCGGACCGCUAUAAGCCCCGCCCUCGUGACCGCAGGCGAGAGGGGCGAUCCAAAACCUUCGACUGGGCGGAGUUUCAAAACAAGAGGGCAGAGAAUCUUGACAUAAGCUCCUCCCCCUCCCCAUCUUCCGUUUCAUCUUCUGCGUCCUCUCCCUCCUCUUCACACUCGGACAGGAAGUUACCGCCUCAGGAGGAGGAAGUGGACUCUGCGAAAGGCCGUGUAGGAGCGGCCAGUGAGACCCCAUCAGCCGAUAUAAACUCCGAGGUUCAAGUGGAGAUCGAACAGAGGUGGCAUCAGGUGGAAACCACACCCCUCAGGGAGGAGAAACAGGUGCCAAUCACUGGAGGCUCCGCCCACUUUUCAACUAAAGAGAAAAUUCCUACACAAGAGUUCACCGCUCUGCCGGAUAAAGAGGCUCAGAAGGAGUUGGUGAGGUUGCAGGAACAGAACACACUGCUGCAGGAACAACUGCAUGAUGCCCAGCACACGGCCCGAGAGGGUUACGUGUUACAGAGUGCCGUGGCACCAGGAAAAUCUUCAACCAACUCAUCCUCAUCUCACCAACCCCCGUGGCAACGCCUUAACAAGCUAAACAUUGAACUAAAGACAGAGCUUGAAGCUCAGAGGCGGAAGCAUGAUAUGGCCCAUCAACAGGUCAGCAGCCUUAAACGGAGUUACAGUGAGGCACAGGACAGAAUCAGCAAUCACGAAGCUGAAAUCGAAGCCCUGCAGGCCAAGCUUGCUUCUGCGAUGGCGGAAAUUGUGGCGAGCGAACAGGCGGUGGCCUGCAUACGCAGCGAACUGAAGCUGGAGCAGAGUCGCUGCCGAGAGCGGGAAGAAGAUUGGGACCGUAAUGAGAAGACGUUACGGUCACAGUUGCGUGAUAGCGAGGAUCGCCUUCGAGAUGUUGAGGCAAAGUUGUUGGAAAAGACCCAGGCACUUAGACUACUGGAACAGCAGCAGGCCCUGCAGCGGGACCAGCACAAGGAAGUCCAGAGGCUGCAGGAGAAGCUAACAGAGGUGACCGGGCGUCUUAUUGCAACAGAAGAGGCGCAGGCCUUGAGGGAGGAGCGGGAAAGAAAGGAGCGACAGUGUCUAGAGGAAACGCUCGAACGGGAGCGCCAGGGAUUGAACCGUAGACUGACAGAAUCUGAGGAGCAAAGACUCAAGGCUGAGGAGCAACUUCAGGAAGCUCGGGACCAGAUAGAAGCGCUGCUGAGAGGUGCCAGUGGGGAUCGGGUGGGGUCAGACAUAAGAAUGGAAAUGCUGCAUUUGCAGCAAGACCUGAAUGAGCAAUCAGAUUUGAUCGAAAACCUUCGGGAAAGCAUAAGAAGGCUGGAGGAGGAAAGGGAUUGCCUGACUUGUCGGUGCCAGGAAUUGGUUAACCAGAUUGCCGAGGCAGACAGGGAGGUCGUAAAACUACAAACGCAACUGAAGACAGAAGAGUCAGACUACUACUCGUUGGAAAGAUCUUAUAACCGUGUCUCAGAGGAAUUCGCUAGGAUUAGUCGCGUCCUGCGCGAUAAGGAAGAGGAGGUCCGGCAGACGAAAGAGACGUACGAGGAGCUGGUGCGACAGAAAGAUCAGGACUUGACGGAAGCCCUUGUAAAAAUGGCUGCCCUAGGAAGCAGUCUAGAAGACACUGAGCAUCGUCUGAAGACCAGGGAGGAGCUUCUUAGUCAGAUGGGUCAUGGAGAAGUGGAAAACAAGUUAAAAGAGAAGCUCACAGUGGCGGAGAAUAGGAUUACUGAACUUGAACAGCAUCUGGAUACUUUACACUUGGAAUAUGCAGAUCUCAGGAUGAAACGAUGUCACUCUCAGCAGGACAUCCUUGAUACGCUGGACAGAGAAUCGGAGCAUGACGAAUCAUUUUCUGCCACUUCCUCAUUUACCCUCACAAGAAGCAGCUCAGAGAGCGAAGUGUCCUUUGCCAAGCGACAGAGAAUCAGGUUCUCCAACAUUCAGUGCCAAAAAUACCAUCAGUCCCAAGGAAUUGAAAGGAUUCUGACCGCGAUCCCAUCACUGGAUUCCACUCAGGAGGGCAGUCAGGACUUUGAAGCAGAUACAAGCUUAAGCUUAACGGGUGAUUCCACCCAAGAGUAUUCCCAGGAUAUAAACUCAUUAAGUGACGACUCUCUUCAGUACAGCAGUGGUGCCAACAAACACGUGUCCUUCAUCCAGGCACUCGAGUCCAAACUCCAGGCCACGGAGCAAAAGAUGACCGAUAUGAUCACAAGGAGGCAAAAUAAACAAGAUCAGCCGGGCAAUGUGGCACCUAUGGAAGUAUGCAGUGAUCAAUCUUGUACUGAACCAGACCAGGAUGAACCAGAUGGUUCUCUUUGUUUGGAUGUAGUUUUACAGGAUAGCGCUGUUAACACAGAGUACAAGAAAGCUCUGUCUGUCGUGGAGUCUUGCAGAGCAAGUGUUGGGGAGAUCCUCAGCAGUCAGGAGGAAGGCAGAAGUGCAGAAGCACAGGUUCAAACUCUAUCUAAGAUAGAGAAAGACCUGUCUAGUGCAACUUUGCUUAUGCGACAAGCUAAGGCACCGUAUCCUGCUUUUCUUGCUCAUGAGUCGCAGUCAGAAAUCGACACAAGUAUGAUAAAGAUGUUUGCUAAGAUGUUAGCCUUUGAGGGUUGUGUUUUGCAGAAGAUGUCACUUGCUCUUCAGGAUCCAGACUCGGACAUAAUGCAAAGUCUUACAGAAAUACGGAAGGAUGCAGAACAUAGUCAAACAACUCAUCGAGGUUGCCUUUCGGGAGUUUACACUGAUGUUCUGGUUAGAAAACUGCUAGUGGAGAAGUUGCUGGUGAAUGAUCUUGAUAAAUAUCUACCCCAGCAAACAUGUAACUCAAGUAACUUGUGGGGCAAUUCACAGUUCCUUUGUAGUAGUGCCAUUCGAAAUGCUUGUGUCAAUGCUGAGCUUGCAUACAUCCUUCAAAACCUAAAGCACACCUACCAAGGUGAGUCUGAGGACCUUCAAAGAGACUUCGUCAAAGUAGACAAGUCAUUGCAAGAAAGGGAGGAAGCUGGCUUUGUAAAUACUAACAGUGCCAUCCAAGAUGUCUGUGAUUCAGACAUUACCCCUCCUGACCUAGCCCCAUAUAUGCAGCAAAUUGAGAGAGAAGAAGCUCUCAGUCUUGCUGAAAACAUUGUGAAAAGACACCUAGCGGAGGCCAUGCAGUGUUGUGGCACAGAAUCAGGGGCAUCAGUACAGGCAGAGCAAGAGAGUCUCAUUACUGAGCUGAAGAGACAAUCAGAGUUCCUUCAGCACAUGUCCCAGCAGGUAGAGAAGGCCUGUGAGGAAGGUACCAGCGCUCUCCUUCAUGGACUUGCAAGCAGAAUCCGAGAACUUUGGGAUCCCAGAGUACCAACAUCCAACACUCUCUUCAUGUAUGAGGCUUUAAGCCAAGCACAGGUAGCAUACGUUGCCUGCAGGCUGCGAGCUGAUCAACAGAGAGAGCUUCUCCUCUGCCAGAAGACUAGCCGCAAAAUGGCAACCUUGGUUCAGGAGCAUGCCCAGCAUGUAGCAGACAUUCAGCGGCGAUUCCAAAGUAACCUGGAGGAAGAGCGUCUAAACCAGUCCAAGACCAUAAUCUCCCUUGAGGAAGAAAAUCAGACACUUCGACAGGAGGCAGCAGUGCAGAUCAAAGAUCUGCAGGAGCAGCGGGAACACAUGAUCGAGGUUAAUGAGUCUUUCCAGAAGGAGAUGCAGGAGAUCAGGAGAAAGCAUGCCGAGAAAUUAAGUCAAAUAGAGCAAGAACAUUCCACUAAUGAGCAAGAGUUACAUGAGCGUGCUGCUAAUUCCCAACAAAAGCUUGAAGCCCUUCUGCAAAAGGUAGAGGGAGCUGAGCUGAGGCAUGAGGAGCAUAUACACAAACUAGAGCUUGACUUCCGCAGCAAAGUUGAGGAGCUAGAAAACACUCAUGAGGAAGAGAUCAAGAAACUGCAUGAGCGUUACAGCCAGACUAUUCUCACUCUAGGAAAAAGAUUUGAGACAGCAGAGGAGGAUACGCCUCAUCCUUCCACAGUGGAAGUACAAGAAACAGGUCCUGUGAGGGACCAGCAACGAUCAGAGCAAGACGUCAGCCGGGAUUCAAUGUCACUGCUGAAGAGUCGAGUACAGGAGCUGGAGCUUCAGAUGAUGAACAUGCGUGAUGAACUGGAAAACAAACCGCCAGAUGGAGACAUGGCCAGCUUGAAAGAGAAGUACCAGAGAGACCUCGACAGCCUUAAGGAGACAUGUGAGCGUGGGUUUGCAGCGAUGGAGGAAACCCAUCAGAAGGUGAUUGAGGAUCUUCAGCGCCAACAUCAGCGAGAGAUUAACAAACUGCUUGAGGAGAGAGAGCGAUUACUGGAGGAGGAGACCAACGCCACCAUCGCCGCGAUUGAGGCGAUGAAAAAUGCCCACCGUGAGGAACUGGAGAAAACACAAAGAGCACAACUGAGUGGAGACAACGCUGAUAUUGAAGAGCUACGUAUUCAGUACGAGGAGGAACUACAGUCGAUCCACCGUGAGUUGGAGGUGUUAUCAGAGCAGUACUCUCAAAAAUGCCUGGAGAACUCGCACCUCGCUCAGGCUCUAGAGGCCGAGAGACAGGCCCUGCAGCAGUGUCAGAGAGAGAACCAACAACUACACACACACAACCAGGAGCUGAAUAAUCGUCUGACGGUGGAGAUCAAUAGAAUGCGUUCCUGUCUCAGUGGAGAGAAACCAGCAUCUGCUCUCACACAGGGCAAAGACCUUUACGAACUGGAGGUGCUGCUGCGUAUAAAAGAAUCAGAGAUUCAGUAUCUGAAACAGGAGAUCAACUCACUAAAGGAUGAGCUACAGUCUGCACUGAGGGAUAAGAAGUAUGCAUGUGAUAAGUAUAAGGACAUCUACACCGAGCUCAGCAUCGUGAGAGCCAAAGCGGACUGUGACAUCAGCAAACUAAGAGACAAACUACUGGCUGCAACAGAGGCUUUUGAGGAGAGAGACGCGUCCACACACGGAUAUGAUAUAAUGAAGUCGAAGAGUAACCCCGACUUCCUGAAGAAAGAACGAUCUGGCCUAUCGAAGCAGGUCCGUGGAGUGAGAUCUAAGAGCCUGAAGGAGGGACUGACUGUUCAGGAGAGGAUGAAGCUCUUCGAAGCUAAAGACUCCCGGAAGAUCUGAUCAACUUUACACUCGCACACACACUUAUGAACAAAUACACACAAAUAUUCUUCUAAUGUGAGUUUCAUCUUAUUGCUGCUUUAGUUAGUAAUGUGACGGCUGUAACCUACCCACGCUACGUUCACACCGGCACGUCGCUCAAAUCACAGGUUACCGGUCACAUUCCUGACCGCAGGUUACUGCUGGUCGCUUGGCUUUGUUAGUAUUUUGCCAGACCAGAUUUUGGUCAUUAAAAAGCCGAGCAGAGCAGUCUGCUGUUUUACUGACUUUUUUACCAUAAUAUAGCUGCGCUUUGUUCGAAUCGCUGUACCUACACAUCAGCGCAGUGUUUAAAUGAAAACUGGUAGUUGAACUGGUUUUACUGUAAUUAAUAUGUUACCCAACAACAUGUGCUUGCACAUACUGAUCAUAGUAAUGUAAAGAUACACGACACUGACUUUGGCAAUAAUUUGUGCGGCAUGAUGUGGGUUUGAGACGCGGCUUUGGGGUUUAGGAGAACUGCAAUCUACAAGGUCGCACAUGACAAAUACAAAUACGACUUUUUAUUUUCCCUCCUUGUUUACACCGAUCAGGCAUAACAUUAUGACCACAUCCUUCCAUUUUUAUCAGCUCCAC